AUGGGCGCCGCCAUCACCACGGCCACGCUCGUCAUCGGGCUGAGCGCGUCCUGCGGCGCCUUCUCCUCGACCGCGCAGCCGCGGCCGCCGACCGCGCUCCGGGCGAAGAAGGCCGACCCGUCGCGCGUCGCCGACGGCCUCGUGCUCGCGUACCGCGGCGCGCUGCUCGCGUCGGCGACGGCGCUCGCCGCGGGCACGGUGCGCGCCGGGCUGGAGGGUAGCGGCCUCGCCGUCGACGGCCCCUUCGACGGCCGCGGCGAGGCCGCGGCGUUGAGCGCGCUGGCGCUCGUCGCGGCCCCGGGCGCCGUCGACGCGGCGAGCGGCAGGGUCGCGGCCGCGGCGCGGCUCGCGCUCGCCGUCGCCGCCGCGAGCGCGUACGCGGGCGACGCGGACGCCGCGCUCGCCGCCGUCGUCCUGGCGUGCUGCUACCGCGAGGUCGCGUUCUUCGGGUUGGAGUACAAGGUCGAGGCCGCCGUCGCGGCGGCGCUCGUCGCCGCCGCGCCGUUCGCGCCGGCCGCCGCGCGGCAGGCGGUGGACGCGGGCGCCGCGGCGGCCUACGCGCUGCUCGCCGUCGCCAAGGUCCUCGAGCCCCUGGACGCGGACCGGCGGCCCGACGGGUCGGGCUUCCUGCUCGGGCCCUGCAGCGUCCGCGAGAUCGCGGCCGAGCGGACCGUCGACGUCCGCGAGGCGGUGCUCUGGCCCGGCCGCCGCGACAUGUGCGUGCUGGCGUCCGACGGCGACGGGACCCACUUCGGCGCGUUCUUCCCGGCGGCGGACAACGAGCGGCCCGUCGGCGUCAUCUCGCUGUUUUUGGAAGGAGACGAGGCGACGUUCCGCAAGUUCGCCGUGCUCGAGGACUUCCGGCGCCGCGGCGUCGGCGGCACGCUGCUCGCCGCCUGCGAGGCCGCCGCCGCGGACCGCGGCGCGGCGGCCAUCGCCUGCGACGCGCGCCGCGAGCAGGCCAUCGCCUUCUACGAGGCGCGCGGCUACGCGGCCGACGGCGCGCCCUUCAAGAAGUACCCCGGGAGCGACGAGGUCUACGUGCGCAUGCGCAAGCCCCUGGGCAGCGUCGUGGAUUAA